AUGGAUGAAGAGAAAUUAAAGAAGGCGGCUGGCCUUCUUAAAGAGGCAUCUGAUAUGUUGCUGACUGUGGAAACAUCAACAUCUACUAGUUAUGGAACGGAUUCAAGUGAUUCGAGUACAAUGAGACCGGCAAUAACAACGCCGAUCGCCGAAACCCUUGCAAGGGCAAGAUCAAUGAUGAACACAAGCUCCAGUCGUGGUCUGUACAGAAGACUCAACAGAAAUGAGAGGCUAAGAGCGACAGCAGAGUCAGCGACGAAAAACAAGACGGCGAAAAAGACCAAGAACAUCGAGAAAAGGCCAUUUGAAUUUGCUCUUCUAAGGGCAAUUUCCGAAGAAAGCGAUGAAGAGGAUGAAGUUGAAACAUUGAAAAAAGAGAAGAUUGUGGAAAGAGGUAUGGUGGUACUUAAUGAGGAUGAUAGCGAAUUGUGUGUGCGUGGAAAAAUAGUUUCAUCCUCAAAUCGGAAUACGGUUUACUAG